UUUAUCCUCUGCUUCCUGAACUCUGGCAGAAGCGUAGGCGGUUGAAACACUGCUGAUCUUUGCUGAAAAGCUCUCAGGAACAGUGUACACUCUUUGCUCAGAAGCAGCUUGACCCUCUCUGACUCGAGAGAAAUCUGGAGUCCUCAGAGCUCUGCUUUGGCAAUGGCUAAGCUCACAGUCACCCCAAGGACAUCCCUUGUUGAUGAACCAGUGAAAAUCCAUGUCUCUGGUUUGGCUCCCUCUAAGCUGGUGACCCUCCAAGCCUCUUUGACAGAUGAGAAGGGGGUGCUCUUCCAGUCCAGAGCUUUCUACCAGUCCAGUGAGUCUGGUGAGGUUGAUUUGGAGCAAGCUGCUGCUCUGGGAGGAGAUUAUGCUGGCGUGCACCCCAUGGGUCUCUUCCAGUUCUUGAAACCGGAAAAGAUGUUUCACAGGUUGAUGAAACGAGAUGUGAUGCAGAGUCCAUUCCACGUGCGCCUGGAUUUGUUCAGCUCAUUCCACUUGGUUUCCACACCCCAUGAUCAGCCUGUGACAAGCCAGACUGUGGAAAGAUGGCAUGUGGCACCGGGAGUCCAACGAAUCCUGAUCAGGGACGGCAGAGUGCGUGGGGCCCUCUUCCUCCCACCAGGAGAAGGUCCUUUCCCAGGGCUGAUUGACCUGUUCGGCGGUGUGGGUGGACUCAUUGAAUUUCGAGCCAGUCUUCUUGCCAGUCGUGGUUUCGCUGCGCUUGCCCUAGCAUACUUUGGUUAUGAAGACCUGCCUGAGAUUCUACUUGAGGUGGAUCUCGAAUACUUUGAGGAAGCCAUCAACGUCCUCUUGAGACACCCCAAGGUAGGAGGGCCAGGGGUUGGCUUGGUCUCAAUAUCCAAAGGUGCUGAGAUUGCACUGGCCAUGGCAUCAUUUUUGCCCAAGAUCAAAGCAGUAGUUUCCAUUAACUCAACCCAUGCCCUCCAUGGGAUGCCACUCCGCUACCGGAAUCUGCAUAUCAAUCCAAUCCCUUACAAGAUAGAAUAUAUCCGGUUCACACCCCUGGGACUGAUGGAACUCUCUAACAUGGUCAAUGUCAUUCACACUGAAGAAAGUCAAGAGAGCAUCCUACCUGUAGAAGAAGCUGAGGCCAAAAUCCUCUUCAUUGUGGGAGAGAAUGACAGGAACUACAACAGCAAAGCAUUUGCCGAGAAAGCGAUGGAGAGGAUGAGGAGGCAUGGAAGAAAGAACUACAGAAUGCUUUGCUAUCCAGGUGCUGGACACCUGAUUGAGCCGCCAGGGUCACCUUUCUGCCACCACUCAUGGAGCUUCUUUUUCUUCAGGCCUGUGGUAUGGGGAGGGGAACCCCAGUCCCAUGUUGCAGCACAGGAGCAUUCCUGGAAGGAGAUCCAGAAAUUCCUCUGGCAACACCUCCACCCAGCUGGAAGCAGCAGGCUUUGAAUACAGGGAGUCACAGACCAAGGAAUAUCUGUGCUCCUGCCUUCCACACACCCAAUCAAUAAAUACUGGGAAGAAGCUGUCAUUUGGCAGCUUCACUGCAUGGAGAUUCACCACACCAGGUAUUAAAGGCACUUCCAAUCACUUCACACAGGUAUCUUGUCUUGCAGGGUGACAGCUAAUAGCAGGUGAGAAUUGCAGCUGCAUUGACAAGGCAGAUUGCAUCCAAUAGGGAUGUGGGGGAUCUGUUCCAGCUCCCUCUAGUCAUAAGCUAGGAAGGGAUCUCAAGGGCCAUCUGCUGCCAUCCUCUGAUCAAAUGCAGGAAUGCCAUUCCUAAACUGUCCUCGACCAAAGCUUAUCCAAUCUCUUCUCUGAAAACCUCCUAUGGAGGAGAAUUCACAACCUCCCAAUACAGUCUAUUCCACUGCCUUACUAUAAUAACAGUAAGGAAGUUAUCCUGAGCUAUAAUCUUAACCUGUUUCACUGAAAUUUAAAGCCAUUGCUUCACAUCCUAUGCUCUGGACCAAGGGAGUUUUCUGUAUGGCAGCCUUUCUGGUCUUUGAAGACUUCUAUCAUUGAUGUCGUAUAUCUUGACUUCAAAAAAGCCUUUGAUCUGGUAUCCCAUGAUCACCUCCUAGCAAAACUGGCCAACUGUGGCCUUGGCUUCACCACGAUCCACUGGCUGGGAAAUUGGCUCCAUGGUCGGACCCAGAGGGUGGUGGUUGACGGAAGUCAAUCGUCAUGGUGUGCUGUGACCAGUGGGGUCCCACAAGGCUCUGUCCUUGGACCAACACUAUUCAACAUCUUCAUUAAUAAUGUGGACAUUGGUAUCAGAAGCGGACUGGCCAAGUUCGCCAAUGACACCAAACUCUGGGGUAAAGCAUCCAUACGUGAGGAAAGGACGGUAAUCCAGGCUGACCUUGACAGGCACAGAAAAUGGGCGGACGAGAACCUGAUGGUGUUUAACACCAAAAAAUACAAGGUCCUCCACCUUGGGAGAAAAAACCAGCAGCAUGCUUACAGGCUUGGCAGUGCUACAUUGGCUAGCACUACGGAUGAAAAGGACUUGGUGGUCAUGAUUGACCACAAUAUGAACAUGAGCCUUCAGUGUGAUGCUGUGGCUAGUAAAGCGAGCAAAACACUGGCUUGCAUCCAUAGAUGCUUCUCAAGUAAAUCCCGGGACGUCAUUCUCCCGUCAUAUUUGGCCCUGGUGAGGCCACAACUGGAGUACUGCAUCCAGUUUUGGGCUCCACAAUUUAAAAAGGAUGUGGAGAAGCUUGAGAGAGUCCAGAGGAGAGCCACACGCAUGAUCAGAAGUCAGGAAAACAGACCUUAUGAUGACAGGCUGAGAGCUAUGGGACUCUUCAGCCUGGAAAAGCACAGGCUCAGGGGUGAUCUGGUGGCUGCCUAUAAGUUUAUCAGGGGUGCUCACCAGGAUCUGGGGGAACUCCUGUUCACCAGAGCACCCCAGGGGAUGACAAGGUCAAAUGGUUAUAAACUCCUUCAUGACUGUUUCAGGCUGGACAUAAGGAAGAACGUCUUUACUGUCCAAGCCCCCAAGGUCUGGAGUAGACUGCUGCCAGAGGUGGUUGAAGCGCCUACUUUGAAUGCCUUCAAGAGAAAUUUGGAUGUUUAUCUCACUGGGAUCCUAUGACCUCUGCUGACUUCCUGCCCCUGGAGCAGGGGACUGGACUCAAUGAUCUUCUGAGGUCCCUUCCGGCCCUAAUGUCUAUGAAAUCUAUGAAAUUAUGUCCCCUUAAUUGCCUUUUCUGCAAGCACAGUUCUUUCAACUUUUCUAGUGAUGUUUGCCUUCUAGUCCCUUGAUUGGUUUUGUCACCUAAGUGUGGACCUUCUCUAAUUUCACAUCCUUAGAAGUGUUGAGCACAGAACUGCAUACAAUACUUUAGAUGAGGCCCAACCAGCACCAAGUAGAGUGGCACUAUCACCUGCCAUGUCUUACAUUUAUUACUGUUGUUGAUGCAGCCCAAAAUUGCAUUUGCUUUUUUUACAACUGUAUCGCAUUGGUAACUCAUAUUGAAUUAGUGAUCCACAAGAAUCCUAAGAUCUUUUCUCAGCAAUGCUGCCACCUGGCCAGUUACCAUCUAGUAAAUCAAUAAUAGUUGGAGUAGGUCCAUGCAUAUCUCUAGCUACAGUACAUUCAGUAAUUGUCACAGAUGUGUGACACGAGAGGCAGGUGACUUCUUUUUGUAAAGUUUCUUGCAACAUUUUUCCAGGUUUGCAGCUAUGACGAGCCCUACCUGGAGCUGUUUUCCUACAAGCAAACCCAUAUUUUUAGAAGUAGUGACAUUAUGCAAAGAUAUGUAGAAAUUAUGCAAAGACAUGUAGAUGUGACACCAAAACCAGACUUCAUCUGAGUGCAUCUGGAACUUGGCCCAGAUUUGCUAAGCCACAUUUGUGACUUUUAGUGACAUCAUGUUUCAGACUUAUUUUACUUGGUUUGGGGAAAUACUGUUAAAGUUUUGUAUGGCCUUAGACCUGCGAGAAGAGAGGUGCAGCAUAAACACUGAACUCUGCUAUUAGUGAUAUGUCCCAUUUUCCAUAAAUACAAACACUUAGUAAAAAUUCCAGAACUUAGAAAUAAGUACUAGAAAAAAAAAAUUUGUCCACUACAGUUUAACACCUGCCAGUUUUCUCCCUGUUGCCACAUAUAUCGAUUGUAUCUGCAUUCUUAAAAUCAUUAUACAUAUUUUUUGAUCAACACACAAGCUGAAAGCCAAGGUCUUGCUAGGAAAAUGUCAGCAGAGAUACUGCCAGUCUCCACACCAGUAAGAACAUGAAUUAAAGGGUCAUUUCAUUUUUUAAGAUAACUCACUGACUUAAAUAUGUUUGAAAGUACGUUGCAGACUAAAGUCUCCCAGAUGCAGAUAUGCAUAGCUCCCUGAAAGUUAAUGGCGAUGCACCCACCAGCUGUGAGUAUGAUACUACACAAAAAUGAUGCACUGACUGAUUGCCAAUGAAAAGAGCUCCAUGUUACUACUCACCACCCAAGUAUUUAAAAAAAAUUGUCAUUUUAUCCAACUGUCUUUUAAAAACAUCCGAUAGCACGAGACACUCAGGUGAGCUACCUGUCUGACUGAGAACAUUUUCGGGACAUAGUGCUUGUGGGUUUGAUUCAAGGGCAAAGUGGCACCACUUUAUUCCCAGCUCCUCAUGUAAAUUAACAUUAAGACAAGAAACAAAGGGCCCAACUUCCAUAAUUUCAAGUACAUGGGAACUUCAGAUCUUCUGCAAUUCAUGUCUAAAGCCCAUAUAUUUACAGGUAUUUAGGCCCUAAGAUCCCAUUCAAUAAAUGCAGAUUAGGCAUCUAAAUACCUUUAAAACCUGGCCUUAAGUCUCUUGAAAAUUAAAAGAAGCUGCUUAAUUCCUUCAUGGCUAGAUCCCUAGAAGUGUCUGUCUGCAGUACAGAGAGAGUCUGGAGACUCAGUGAAGCAGUGCCAAAAUACCUUUAAAUUCCCUUAAAAAAUCUGGGUCUAUGCAACCUUCCCUGUAGUAAGAGAUCAAGCUAGUCAUUAUGUGUAUCUGGGGUAUCUAUCCAUGUCCAUGCUCUGACAAUGGACAUGUGUUCACAGUGAAUGUGAAUAUAUAUCACAAGUGAACCUUUUCAAAGUGCUGCUGAUUGCAAACUGGCUCAUAAUUGUUGGAGGCCAAAGGGGUCCACAUAUGUAGUGCCCUGUUCUAUGCUUUGGGAGGGUCUGGAUGGGUGGGUGACUUGUGGCUGGGGCUGUUUGUACUUUUCUUUCUCUUCUCUCCUAAACAUGAGUUCAAUAAAGUUCAGUUGCCUGUACUUGA